GGAGCUUUUUCUUGUGCUGUAAUCCAGUCAAAUUUGAAAGGUGAUGAAGGCCAACUCGUGAGUUUGCAAUAAGAUCUUAUUUCAUUCAUCAUGAAUAUAUAUGUAGGCUAAUUGAUAUUUAAUGCAUAUGAAGGUAAAAUUUAUUUCUUGGCUCAAGAGGAACUUGAUACAAUUAAAGUAAGAAAUGGCAAAAAAGUUAGAAAACAGAAAACAUUGGAUGGUAAGCAAUGUUUGGUUAUUGUUAAUGAAAUAUAGAGGCCAUAAGGCUAGUCUACUUUACAGGUACAUAUUAUAGAAGAUAUGGGGGCUGGGCAUAGGCAGGAUACAUCUGACAGUAUACGCAGUGUAGAGGGAUGCAGCUGGUGAAGAAGGGACUCUUAAAACUGUGUGUAUUAAGGUUUUACAUGUGCAGGCUUGUGAGUAUUUUGAUCUUUUGUUGACUCUAUGUGACUAACAAUUUUAGGCGAGAACGACAAAUACAAGGUGAAGUUUGAUGACCCUCGGGUAUGUAAGAGUUUCCUGCUGGGAUGCUGUCCACAUGAUAUUCUUUCCAGCACGGUACGUAUACAAAUAACUUACGCUGGCUACCCCUUAUUUUGUCCAACCAUUUUGGUAUGUAUUGCUGUAAAUUGAAAUUUAAAACCAUGAAUUUAGAAAUGUUUUUAAAUUGAAACAAUUUUAACCAGUCUUCAGAUAGUAAACCAAAAUUUGUCAUUUUAAAAAAAGAAAGGAAACAUCUUAUAUUUAUUUGUAUAUAUGUGACUUGUUCUAAGGUAAGUAAAGAUUAGUUGAGACUUGAUGAGCAUGCGAGUCCAAUGUCAUGUAAGUUGUCAUCUGUACAUAUACAUCAUCACUGCUUGUUUGAUCUGUUGUGAAUGAAUUUUAUGGUAACUAGCAAGUCUUUGAAAUAUCUUGCUCUUGUAGCGGAUGGACCUAGGAGAGUGUCCCAAAAUCCAUGACUUGGCGCUUCGUGCUGACUAUGAACAGGCUUCCAAGAGAAAGGAUUACUACUAUGACAUUGAUGCAAUGGAACAUCUUUCCAGUUUUAUAGCUGAUUGUGACAGGAAAACCGAGUUGGCAAAACGUCGUCUUAAAGAAACGCAGGAGGAACUGAGUGAGGAGGCUAAUGGAAAAGCUGAGAUGAUUCAUAAAUUAGGAGAGGAAAUGGGGACAAAACUGGCAAAAGCAGAGGAUUUGGGAGCCCAGGGCCUAGUAGUGGAAUCACUACAGUUGAUGGAAGAGGUUGAAAAUUUGAAGAAGCAGAAGGCUUCUGCUGAGCAAGAGUACCGAAAUUCUAUGCCAGCAUCCAGUUACCAGCAGCAAAAAUUGAGAGUUUGUGAAGUGUGCUCAGCUUAUCUUGGAAUCCAUGAUAAUGACCGACGUCUGGCAGACCAUUUUGGUGGAAAACUUCACCUUGGUUUUAUUACAAUCAGAGAAAAGUUGGAGGAAUUAAAGCAAAGUAUUGCUGAUAGAAGAAUGCAGAGAGAAAAAGAGAGAGAGGAACAAAAGUUAAAGCGUGCAGAGCGAGAGAAAGCAGAGGAGGAGGCUCGAGUAAGUCAAGCUCGCAGCAGGAGCCGGAGUCGUAAAAGAAGUCGAAGUCGAAGUAGAGAUCGUAAGCGAAGGUCGCGCAGCAGAAGCAGAAGAAGAUCCAGAUCUAGAUCCAGAAAUCGUCAUUCAAGGAAGAGAUCCAAACGUUCCCGAUCCAGAUCACGAAACAGGAGAUCUAGAUCAAGGUCUAGAAGAAGGUCCAGGCGCUCCAGGAGCCGCUCAAGAAGCAGAUCCAGAAAGUCUCGCAGUCACUCUCGCCAUAAACGACGUCACCAUUCAAGGUCCAGAUCUCGCAGCAAGAGAAGCCAAAGCAGAGAAAAGAGAAAGAAUGGUUCCUCCAGGUCUUCAUCACAGGAAAAGGGCAAUCGUUCCUCAGCAGAGAAGUCGGACAAGAAAGAAGUUUGACCUCAUUCAGAUAACCAGAACUAACCACAAAAUGAAUUUUUUUUUAACCAUAUCCAGUCUCUGGAAUCGUGAAACAGACUUUGGUGCCAUGUUUCAAUCUUUUACCCAUAAUAAAAAUGGAAAGUUGCAUGACAA